AUGCUGCGGGUACACAGAGCUGCCAUUAUGGCAGAAGUGGGCAGCCAUAUCUACAAACUGAGCGCACGCUGCAGCCGUGGCCUGCGAACUGCCGUGGGAGAGCUGUACCAGCAGGCUGAGAAGAAGGCUACAGAGACCAUCGCAGGGAUUCCCUACAAGAACCUCUCUAUUGGAGUACCCAAGGAACUGUUUACUACCUUGACAAAGAAAGGCUUUACUGUAAACGUGGAAGAAAACGCUGGCUACGAGGCCAAGUUCAUUAAUGAUGAAUAUGCAGCAGCCGGAGCUCAUGUCCGAGCUCCGUUGCAGGAAGAAGUAGCUAACUUUAGAGAAAAAGGCACCCUCAUCUCCUUCCUGUACCCAGCACAAAACAAAGAUCUGGUGGACUUGUUGGCCAAGAAGCAGCUGACUGUGUUUGCCAUGGACUGUGUGCCUCGGAUCUCCAGAGCUCAGGUGUUUGAUGCUCUCAGUUCCAUGGCCAACAUCGCUGGGUACAAAGCUGUCAUUGAGGCCGCUAAUAACUUUGGCAGAUUUUUCACAGGCCAGAUUACUGCUGCAGGUAAGGUGCCUCCAGCAAAAGUCCUCGUAAUUGGUGGUGGAGUCGCCGGUCUCUCAGCCAUUGGAACAGCAAAAAGCAUGGGAGCCAUUGUUCGGGGCUUUGACACCAGGUCAGCUGUUAAGGAGCAGGUGGAAUCUUUUGGUGCGGAAUUCUUGGAAGUGACCUUAAAGGAGUCUGGAGAGGGUACUGGAGGUUAUGCCAAAGAAAUGUCCCCAGAAUUCAUAGCAGCAGAAAUGGCGCUAUUUGCCAAACAAUGCAAGGAGAUUGAUAUUCUCAUUACUACCGCCCUCAUUCCAGGCAGGCCUGCACCAAAAUUGAUAUCAAAGGAAAUGGUUGAAAGCAUGAAACCAGGCUCGGUUAUUGUUGAUUUGGCUGCUGAGGCUGGAGGCAAUGUGGAGACCACCAAACCAGGAGAGUUGUAUGUGCACAAGGAAGUCACCCACAUCGGAUACACAGAUCUUCCAUCUCGACUGCCAACUCAGUCAUCCACGCUGUAUGCUAACAACAUCAGCAAGUUGCUUUUAUCGUUUGGAGAGAAGGAUCACUUCUUUGUCAAUCUUGAGGAUGAAGUGGUCAGAGGAUCCAUCAUUCUGCAAGAGGGAAACCUGCUGUGGCCUCCUCCACGUCCUAAAGUGGAACCUGGUGCCCCUCCUCCUACCACUAAGCAAGUUGUUAAAGAACCUCCACCACCUCCCAACUAUUUUCUGAACACCAUGAAGGAUUCUCUCAUGUACACAGCUGGCCUGUCUACAAUGAUUGGUCUGGGAGUCAUCUCACCAAACUCUGCCUUCACAUCCAUGGUCAACGUGUUUGGUCUGGCUGGAAUUGUGGGUUACCACACCGUGUGGGGUGUCACUCCAUCCCUGCACUCUCCUCUGAUGUCGGUGACCAAUGCCAUCUCAGGGAUCACUGCUGUGGGAGGGCUGCUCCUGAUGGGUGGCGGCUACUACCCAACAAACACAAUUGAGACUUUGGCCGCCCUGGCAGCGUUUAUCUCUUCCAUCAACAUCGGAGGUGGUUUUGUGGUCACCAAGAGGAUGUUGGACAUGUUCAAAAGACCAACGGAUCCCCCAGAGUACACCUACCUGUACGCCAUCCCAGCCGGAGUCUUCUUAUCUGGCUACGGUUACUGUAUGGCUUACCUGGCCGCCUCGCUGUGCUGCGUCGGUGCUUUGUCCGGACUGUCAUCACAAGCCACCUCUAGACUUGGCAAUUCUCUAGGAAUCAUUGGAGUCACUACUGGUGUUGUUGCCACUUUGGGUCUUCUGAAGCCAACAGCGGAGACAUUCACCCAGAUGGCCUCCUGCAUGGGCCUUGGUGGUCUAAUUGGCACUGUCAUGGCCAAGAGAAUGGAGGUCACCGACCUGCCCCAGAUGGUGGCCUUGUUCCACAGCCUGGUGGGAGCAGCUGCAGUCAUCACCUGCUUUGCUAACUACCUCUUAGAGCAGCCUCAUUUUGCUUCUGAUCCCGCUGCCAAUGUCAUCAAGACUUUCCUCUUCCUGGGAACCUUCAUCGGAGGGGUGACAUUCACCGGGUCCCUUGUGGCUUUUGGAAAACUCCAGGGUGUGCUGAAGUCUGAGCCACUCCUGCUGCCAGGCCGCAACAUCAUCAAUGCCGGCAUGAUGCUGGCCAACGUCGGAGCUCUGGGCUACUACAUGAUGGACAGCAGCCCCAGCGUGGGACUCAGCAUGCUGGGAACUACUGCUGCCCUCUCCAGCGUCAUGGGUGUGACCUUGACAGCUGCUAUAGGAGGUGCUGAUAUGCCUGUGGUGAUCACAGUUCUGAACUCAUACUCCGGCUGGGCUCUCUGUGCCGAGGGCUUCAUGCUGGACAAUAACCUCAUGACCAUUGUUGGGGCUCUGAUUGGAUCUUCUGGUGCUAUCCUCUCCUACAUCAUGUGCAAGGCCAUGAACCGAUCCCUGCCCAAUGUGAUCCUGGGAGGUUACGGUACUAGCUCCACAGGCACAGGCAAGCCCAUGGAAAUCACUGGAACCCACACGGAAAUCAAUGUGGAUGGGACAGUGGAUCUCAUUGAGGAAGCCAAGAACAUUAUCAUUGUCCCAGGAUACGGCUUGUGUGUGGCUAAGGCCCAGUACCCUAUUGCAGAGAUGGUGGAUUUGCUGAGGAAGAGAGGCAAGAAUGUCCGCUUUGGCAUCCAUCCUGUUGCUGGUCGUAUGCCUGGACAGCUAAAUGUCCUGUUGGCCGAGGCUGGAGUGCCCUAUGACAUCGUGCAGGAGAUGGAGGAACUGAAUGAUGACUUCCCACAGACAGACCUGGCCAUGGUUAUCGGAGCUAACGACACAGUGAACUCAGCUGCUGAAGAGGAUCCAAACUCCAUUAUUGCUGGCAUGCCUGUACUGCGAGUAUGGUUGGCCAGACAUGUGAUUGUCAUGAAGAGGACGCUUGGUGUGGGCUAUGCAGCUGUGGAUAACCCAGUUUUCUUCAAGCCCAACACUUCCAUGUUACUGGGAGAUGCCAAGAAGACCUGCGAUGCCCUGUUGACCCACUUAAAACAACGACUAGAAAGUGAAUCUUAA